AGAGCUGAGCUUGAAACUGACACGGUGAUUUUGGGAGCCUUAAAAACAAACUAUUCCUUCUGCUGCUGCUGCUGCUGCUGCUGCUUCCCCCACCACCCCACCCCGUCUUCUCCAAACGCCGAGGAACCUUUUCGUCUUCUUUCGAAAGGGGUGAGAAAUAGACCCCAUUCAGCCGCGAUAGCCGCCGGGCCAGCCGCCCACGAACAGACCCGCUCCGGCCCACAUGUCCAUUCCUUGAGAGCGAGAAAGCAGCAGCGGCUUCGCGACGCGCCCGCCGCCCAAGUGCGCCUUUCCUUCCUCCAAGUUGCUGCAAGCCAGACAACCCAUAGAUAGGUAGCCUGGCCUUGGCAGACUCGUCCUCGCCGCUCUCGCCGCCUUGCCGCUUUCGUGCUGCAUUAAGCGGGGUUGCGUCUCUCGAUUUUUAACCCCUCCCCGUCUCUCCUCCUCCCCCACCCCUCUGCCCCCCUCUCCUCGCGCUCCGUUUCCCCCCAGUAUUUUUGCUCCGCCGCUUUCUCGCAUGAAUCUCCUCGACCCCUUCAUGAAGAUGACAGAAGAGCAGGAGAAGUGUCUGUCUGGCGCUCCCAGCCCUACCAUGUCGGACGACUCCGCGGGGUCUCCCUGCCCUUCUGGGUCUGGCUCGGACGCGGAGAACACCCGACCCCAAGAGAACACCUUCCCCAAAAGCGACCAGGACCUGAAGAAGGAGAGCGACGAGGACAAGUUCCCGGUUUGCAUCCGAGAAGCUGUCAGCCAGGUCCUGAAGGGUUACGACUGGACCCUGGUGCCCAUGCCCGUGCGCGUCAAUGGAUCCAGCAAGAACAAGCCCCACGUCAAGCGGCCCAUGAACGCCUUCAUGGUGUGGGCUCAGGCCGCGCGGAGGAAGCUCGCGGACCAGUACCCCCACCUGCACAACGCGGAGCUGAGCAAGACGCUGGGCAAGCUCUGGAGGUUGUUGAAUGAGAGUGAGAAACGCCCAUUUGUGGAAGAGGCUGAGCGGCUGAGGGUACAGCACAAAAAAGACCAUCCCGACUAUAAGUAUCAGCCACGAAGGAGAAAGUCAGUCAAGAACGGGCAGGCCGAGCAAGAGGAAGGAUCUGAGCAAACCCACAUCUCCCCUAACGCGAUCUUCAAGGCCCUGCAGGCAGAUUCUCCCCAGUCUUCCUCCAGCAUGAGUGAAGUGCACUCCCCCGGAGAGCAUUCUGGACAAUCUCAAGGCCCGCCCACCCCUCCCACUACUCCCAAAACAGAUGUCCAGCCUGGCAAGCAGGACCUCAAGCGAGAAGGCCGCCCGCUGCAAGAAGGAGGGAGGCAGCCGCCCCACAUUGACUUCCGAGACGUGGACAUCGGCGAGCUCAGCAGCGACGUCAUCUCCAACAUCGAGACUUUUGACGUCAACGAGUUUGACCAGUACCUGCCCCCCAAUGGCCACCCCGGUGUGCCGGCCACCCACGGCCAGCCUGGCCAGGUCACGUACACCGGCAGCUACGGCAUCAGCAGCACCUCCGCUGCCCCGGCCGGCACCGGCCACGUCUGGAUGUCCAAGCAGCAGCAGCCGCCGCCGCCACAGGCCCCGCAGCCGCCCCCCUCCCAGCAGCCCCCGAGCCAGGCCCAGCAGCCGCCCCCGCAGCCCCAGCCCCACAGCCUGGCCCCCCUGAGCAGCGAGCCCGGGCAGGCCCAGCAGAGGACGCACAUCAAGACGGAGCAGCUCAGCCCCAGCCACUACAGCGAGCAGCAGCAGCACUCGCCGCAGCAGAUCAGCUACAGCUCCUUCAACCUGCAGCACUACAGCUCCUCCUACCCCACCAUCACGCGCUCCCAGUACGACUACACAGACCACCAGAGCUCCAGCUCCUACUACAGCCACGCCGCCAGCCAGGGCGCCGGCCUCUACUCCACCUUCACGUACAUGAGCCCCACCCAGCGGCCGAUGUACACGCCCAUCGCAGACACGACGGGGGUGCCUUCCAUCCCUCAGACCCACAGCCCCCAGCACUGGGAGCAGCCCGUCUACACACAGCUCACCCGGCCUUAAGGUGUGGCGGGGACGGUCCCAUUUCCUCAGACUUUGCCAGUUUUUCACAAAGCUGCAGUGAGGACAGAGCGAUCGCAGGAUGCCUUGUGCACUACAGCAACUUUCUGAAACCGGCCCGACCAUUCUGCUCAGUCGAUACG